AUGUCUGUCGUUCCACUCUUCCCCAUUCUCGGCAUAGGAACCCUCACCAAGGGGGAGCAGAGUCGUUCCCUGCCCGACCUACACCAGCUUAAACCUGGAAACUCUCACGCGUUGCGCAUGAAAAAGCGAAGCGGCACAUCAUCAGACCUCAUCCAUCCCAUGAAACCCAGGGACGAUGGAGCAACGUCAGCCGAAGAUGCGGACAAUUCAAGUAUCAGCAGUUUGGAGGUGAAAGAGAACCAGGACCAUAAAAACCAAGGGGACUGUGACUUUCACCAAAAAUGCUACCCGUCCACUUUUAGUACAACUAUUGCCAGAGGCGGGACAAGAGCCCUGAAGAGGAAGCAGCCGUUGGCUGAUGGGAAAGACCGACUCCUGUACAAAAGCCCCUUCACCUGUAAAAGAACGGCAUGGGCCGCCACUCAGAAAAAUGCGCUGGUGCAGCUGAACGAGCUGCGUCCGGGUCUUCGGUACGAGAUCACGUCCACAACAGGUCCACUUCACGCGCCGGUGUUUUCCAUCGGCGUGGAGGUAAAUGGACGGCGCUUCGAGGGCCAGGGCCCCACGAAGAAGCAGGCCAAGAUGAGGGCCGCAGAACUGGCUCUCCAGUCCUUCAUCCAAUUCCCCAAUGCCUCCCAGGCUCACGCCGCCAUGGGGAGCUUCGCCAACACCCAAACUGAUUUUACAGCUGAUAAACCGGACAUCCCAACCGCGUUCCUCAAAGAGUUUCAGCCACCGUUGCGCGAAACCCGUGACCUUCUGCGCCGCAGCGCGGGCAGACAGGAGCUCGUCUCCGGCACGAGCAAACGUAGGCGGCUUGUCCGACUCACCGUAGACUUGCUCUCUUCAGCAGAUUCCAAAAAACUUGCCUUUAAUAUGUCGCUUUUAGAGCAGCUCAGCCCGGUGGCACUCCUCAAUGAGUUGCAUCCAGGGCUCAGGUACACCUGCCUGGUCGAGAGAGUACAGGGCAGGCCCAUGAGAGGUUUCAUCAUGGUACUUCGACUGGAAGGGAGGAUAUUUGAAGGAUGCGGGCACAGCAAAAGGCUGGCUAAGGCCCAGGUGGCAGCGGCUGCCCUCCAAGCCCUCUACAAUGUAAGCUUGGGGCCCGAGAGGAAGAUUCUAGGCCUUGCCGCGAGUAGAGCCAAAAACCAACUACCUCAGCGCUUCGCCGAGUCCAUCUUCCACCUGGUGAGAGAGAAAUACGCUGAGCUGACAGACAACUGCUUCUCCACCUUGCACACCCAUCACAAGGCGCUGGCCGGGGUGGUAAUGACCAGAGGUUUGGACCUGAGACAGGCCCAGGUUGUGGCUCUCGGCACAGGAACUAAGUGUGUAAGCGGUGGGAUCGUUAGCGACCGCUGGCUAACGGUUAGCGACUGCCACGCCGAGGUGGUCACCAGGAGGGCCUUCGUUCGCUUCCUCUACGCCCACCUGGAGCUCCUCCUCAGCAAGCAGCCGGACGGCCUGGAGGAGUCCAUCUUCGUACCGGAUAAAGGUUUUGGGUUCAGACUGAGAGAGGGACUCCUCUUCCACAUGUAUGUCACCUCCUCCCCAUGUGGAGACGCACGCCUCAACUGCCCUUAUGAGACGAUAAACACAUGCCCGGGAAACCAUCACUUAGUGAGGAAGAUCCGCUGCCACUUGAGGAUGAAGAUAGAGGGCAGGGAGGGCACACUUCCUGUUACGGCUCAGAGAGCCAAUCGGAAACUGGGCGUGACAUCGCCGGCCGAACCUCUCGUCACCAUGUCCUGCACCGACAAGAUGGCCAGGUGGAGUGUCCUGGGCCUGCAGGGGGCACUCCUCUCCCGUGUGGUGGAGCCGGUGUACCUGCACAGCCUGACGGUGGGCACGCUGUGCCACACCGGACACCUGGGCCGGGCCCUGCGGCGGCGCCUCACACACGUCGGUCACCUGCCCUUCCCGUUCCGCCGGAAGCAGCCGCUGCUGGGAUGCCUGAGCUGCAGUGAGUUGCGGCCGUCGGGGAAGCCUCCCAGCCUGAGCCUGAACUGGAGUUUUGGGGACAGCGGCCUGGAGGAGGUCAGCUCCUCCACGGGUCAGAGAAAAGGCUCGGCGUCGCCGUCACGUCUCUGCAGAUGCUCCCUCUUCCUGCGGUGGCAGAGGACGCACCAGUUGAGCGGACAAGUGCUGGGUACAGAGGCAGCAGCAGGGACGUACCCUGGCUCCAAGAUGGCGGCCCGGCAGUACCAGAAAGCCAGACAGCAGUUCAUUCAGGCCAUGCAGGACAGCGGUCUGGGCACCUGGGUCAGAAAACCUCCAGAACCAAACUACUUCCAUGCCAGCGUGUGA